AUCAAGCAAAACAUAUCGCUAUUUCAUGUGUUCAUCGACUCACACAAUGAGCGCAAUAUACUGUACGUUACGGCCGACGACACCGCCUAUGGGUUGGGCGCCAACAGCGACGGGUGUCUGGGUUUGGGUCACGACCGGGCCGUACAAUUGGCGCAACAAAUACCGCAAUUAUCGCUCAAACGGAUCCAGCAAUUCGCUACCGGAGCAACAUUUGCACUGGCAUUGGAUGCCACUAACUGUAUCUAUAGUUGGGGCAAAAAUGAGCAUGGCCAGUUGGGUCGUGAUACUUUACAUGGAUCAUUACACGCGUUACCGGACAAAAUACCAUGGUCUAACCUGAUAGUUCAGCUAUGCUGCGCCGAUCACCACUCUCUGGCCCUGACCGGCAAUGGCCGGGUGUAUGCCUGGGGUGACAACAGGUACGGCCAGGUCGGCCAUCACACUCAGGGAACCACUGGUUGUAGCGGCAAACCCACUGCCAUAGACUUUCCCGGCGGGUGUCCGGCCAUUAAAUACGUUCACUGUUUUAAUACGAGUUCAUUCGCUGUAACAACCGAUGGCCAGGUAUUCAGUUGGGGCGACAAUCAGUAUAAUAGGUUGGGUCAUAACGUUAGCGACGAGAUUGUAUUUACGCCACGUUUGAUAUCAACGCUAACCGGUGUCCAGACAGUUGUCUCCGGCACUCGACUGACGUAUUUCCUCACGAGUAGUGGUUUUGUGUAUUUUUGCGGCUUUUUGUGGCAAAGAGACGGCUUUGUCGGCGAAGCGGUUCCCAAACGUCUUCAGACCGGACUCGCCGUUCAAGACAUACAACAGUUUAAUGGAAAUAUCAAUUAUCCGUACUUUGAUUUUGUCACCGUUUUAGCCAAGGGUAGGAUUUAUAAGAUGACUGAUACAAACGCGUUCGUUGAUACAAAUUAUGGUAAUUUUGUCGACUUUUACGCCAAUGAAUAUCUGAUAAGCUAUAAUACAUUUCCGUUUCUCAAUGAGUUGAAUGCAAAACUUAAUUUAAUGCCUGUCAAACUCAACGAGGCUAAAUCAUCAAAUGAUGAGAUUCAUCGGGGGUUGAAUGCAAAAGUUUCAGACAAGUGGCAAUUGGUGGAGCAAGAGAUUAAUGAUAAACAAUUAAAUGGUACUUCAGAGACACAAACAUUGAUUGAGAAACAGCCCUAUGUAAAACCCAAACCCGAAUUAAAUAAUUUUAAAGCCGAUGAUAAUAUUGCAAAAAUUUCAGACAAAUGGCAAUUAGUGGAGAAAGAGAUUAAUGAAAAAGGAUUACAUGGUGCUUCAGAGACACAGACAUUGGUUGAGAAACAGCCCGAUGUUUCACCAAAACCCGAAGUAAAGCCAAAGCCGCCGUUGAAAGCGAAGCCUAGUUUACAGCCAAAACCCGAUUUCAACCCAAAACCAGUGCUCAAGAAAACAGUGUCCCAACCAUUGCCUACUUUUUCAGCCAACCUUUUACCCCGAGUAGUGUUGAUGUACUGUACAGUAAACUUGGUUCCUAACCAUAAUAACUGUCACUAUAAUGGUCUCACCGGGAGAUUGCAAGACCUGUUUUGUUUUUUGAAACACAUAAUAAUAAUGAACUCUCAAGUGGUGUGCGAGUCGUGCGAUGGACUCCACGGCCAGACUGUGAUGAUUAUGUGCCGUAAAUGCGGACCCAUUUGCGAGUUUUGUCGACUACUUCACCACAAACUCGAGGCAUUUAAAGAGCACCGAUUGAGUCAAUUAAUUGCUGUUCAAUCGCCUGAUGUGACUGGUAGCCAACGUGUCUCCCCGUGUCCGCCCGCUCAGCACAUUGAUGGCCACUCGAGAGACACUAAUACUGCCACUCAUUUGUCGCACCCAUUAUUGAUAGAUAUUGGCCCAAAUGCUCCAUUAAAUGCCUCCAUUGACCUGUCUAUCAGUGGAUCCCAAAGGGCUGGUAAUUAUGUGACAAGCAAUUGGGGACUGACCAGUUGUACGAGCAAUCAUGUUGUA